CGAUGAGCUACUACAAUUAAAUGUCCUGUAGGCCAACUGAAAACAACAAUGACAUCAAUCUAUCUUCUCACUACUCUCGGCUCUCUAUAAAUCACUCGUCCUGCCUUUCUACAAUGCUCAUUACAAGCCUUAUCUAGUAAAAAUGUCACCUUCCGGCACACAGGUUGCCACAUCCAAGAUCAGGAAAAAAAUCUACUUUGCUCUCUUUGCUUCACUCUUAAUAGUCACAGCCAUAGUUACCAUUGUUGCCGCCGUUAUCUCCAGGAACAAAUCUACCAACAACAUCGAUGACAAAAUAGCUGCUCACCCCGUCGUCAGGUCCUCCUGCAGCCUCACAUUUUACCCGCAACUAUGCUUCUCAGCGCUCUCUAAAGUUCCAGACGCCGCAUCAAAGAUCACCUCUCCAAAAGAUGUGAUAGCUAUGUCACUUAACGUCACUAUAACUGCAGUCCAGAAAAAUUACUUCAGUAUCAAGAAGCUCACUAGCACUCGUUCGGGCGGCCGCACAAAACGUGAUAAGGCUGCUCUGCAUGAUUGUCUUGAAAUGGUGGAUGAAACUCUUGACGAGCUCCACAAAAUUAAACAAGAACUCCAGGAGUAUCCGGCCGUUAACAAGUCUAUAUCCCAGCAAGCCGAUGAACUCAAAAUCCUGUUGAGUGCCUCAAUGACCAACCAAGAAACUUGCCUUGAUGGCUUCUCUCAUGAUAAGGCUGAUAAAAAGGUUCGUAAAACAUUGAUUAAGGGUCAAAUACACGUAUUUAAGAUGUGUAGCAAUGCAUUGGCCAUGAUCAAGAACUUGACUGACACUGAUAUGGCCAACGAGGUUCAGACCUCAAGAAGGCAUCUUGGGGAGAUAGAAAAUGAAAAGGGGUGGCCUGAAUGGUUAUCAGCUGGAGACAGGAGGCUGCUGCAGUCCACAACAGUGACUCCUGACGUUACGGUGGCUGCCGAUGGGACCGGCAACUACCUGACGGUGUCGGAGGCUGUGGCUGCUGCACCAGCGAGCAGUAGCACUAGAUACAUUAUAAAGAUUAAAGAGGGGGUUUACAGAGAAGUUGUGGAUGUACCAAAGAGCAAAACUAAUUUGAUGUUUGUAGGAGAUGGGAGGACCAACACUAUUAUUACUGCUAGUAAUAAUGUGGUUGAUGGGAGCACCACAUUCAACUCAGCCACUGUCGCUGUAGUUGGGACCGGGUUCUUGGCGAGGGACAUAACCAUUCAAAAUGCUGCCGGACCAUCAAAGCAUCAAGCAGUGGCAUUGCGUGUAGGCGCAGAUUUUUCGGCAUUUUACAGGUGUGGCUUUAUAGCCUACCAGGACACCCUCUAUGUGCACUCACUUCGCCAAUUUUUUGUGAAUUGCUAUAUAGCAGGCUCAGUGGACUUCAUAUUUGGAAAUUCAGCAGUUGUUAUUCAAAACACUGACAUUCAUGCUCGCCGCCCCGGUAAUAAACAAAAGAACAUGGUCACAGCACAAGGGCGCGAUGACCCUAAUCAAAACACAGGCAUAGUGAUUCAAAAAUGCAGAAUUGGUGCAACUUCAGAUUUACUACCUGUAAUUGACGAAUUUCCAACAUAUUUAGGCAGACCAUGGAAGGAGUAUUCGAGAACAGUUGUAAUGCAGACUGACAUCAGUAAUGUGAUAAAUCCAGCUGGCUGGUUUGAGUGGGAUGGCGAUUUUGCACUUGAUACAUUGUUCUAUGCAGAGUAUGCAAACACAGGCCCUGGUGCUGAUACAUCAAAUAGAGUGACGUGGAAAGGAUACAGGGUGAUUACUGAUGCAAGUGAGGUCGAAAUGUUUACAGCUGAGAAUUUUAUUUCUGGGGGAAGUUGGUUAAGUUCUACUGGUUUCCCUUACACUCUUGGUCUCUGAAGUCAUAUUAUAGCUUAAUUAGCAGCCUAUCUCUCGUUUGUAAUAAAUAAUGGUUUGGCCUUCAGAGGAUAAUUGAAAUUUGUUUACUUGUCUAUAAAUUUGAAUAUUUUUGUUGGGUAAAAUCCCCUCAAGUUUCA